AUGAACGCUACCGGACUCGGCGCCGACAUCGCAUUCGACACUACCGGCGUGCAGGCUGCUGUUGACACAGCCCUUCUCAGUGUUCGCCCACACGGCAUCUUUGUCAAUGUCGCAAUCUGGGAAGAUAGUCCGCGCAUGAACAUGAAUUUAGUUGUGCGGCGCGAGAUCAUGGUCACUGGCAGCAUCGUGUAUCGUGGCGAUCACCCCGAGUUAUUAGAGGCAGUUGCCGCCGGGAAGCUUCAGGGACUCGAAGACCUCGUUACUCGAAAGAUUGCCCUCGAAGAUGUGGUCGACCAAGGCUUCAAGGCUCUAAUCGAUGAGAAGGAUAAGCAAAUUAAGAUUCUCGUUCAUCCCUGA